AUGAUUGAAAUGGUGAAUGAUAAUUGGAGAAGUGGGCCACGUGAGAGAAGCAUGUACUUUUGGAAAGUGGGUCAUUUCGAAGCUCUUCCUGUCUCCAUCCACAUGAAGUUGGCAUUCUUGUGUCUUUACGGCCUAAGUUUGCGUUUCUACCUCUUGAGAAAUGAAUCUUGCCUUCUUGUUUAG